AUGACACCAUUUGAGGCGCUCUAUGGGAAGCCACCACCAGUGCUUACAGCCUAUGAAGUAGGAAGUUCACCUAAUGAGUUGGUGGAUAUGGAGCUUAGAGCGAGGGAUGAGAUCUUGAAAGAACUCAAAAAGAACUUGGCACGUGCUCAAGACCAAAUGAAGAAGCACUUUGACAAUGGAAGAAGCAUGGAGUCCUUUGAGCCGGGAGAUUGGGUCUUUCUCAAGUACUUACUGAGGGAGCACAAUGCACUAUCCAAGGUAACAUUGAGCAAGUUGAGGGCUAAAUAUUCAGGCCCAUGUCAAGUGUUGGAGAAGUGCAGACAGCUUGCUUACAAGCUAGACUUACCGGUCAGGGUUCACAUUCAUCCUAUUUUUCAUGUCUCAUGGCUAAGAAGGAAGGUUGGAGAUCCAACCAAAGUUGUGAAUGAAUUGCCCAUGACAGAUGAAGAAGGUAGGAUGGCCAUCCAAGUUGAGAAGAUCAUGGAGUAUAGGCUUGUGAGGAAGGGUGGCCAAACGGCAACCGAAGCCUUGGUUCAAUGGAGGGGGCUCCCAACCGAAGAUGCUACAUGGGAAAGUGUUCAGAUUCUCAAGGAACACUUUCCAGAACUUGACCUUGAGGACAAGGUCAGUCUUGAAGGGGGAGAAAUGAUGGAGAAGUGA